GUUUGAUAUGAUGUAUUUGGAGUAAUGGACGCAGUUCCAUUCAUUCUUUUUUUCCUGUUCCCUCACGAAUUCUCUAAUGUGCAAACUGUUCACAGUCUUAAUGUUGGUAUAUCUGGACACCCUUACAUUGAACCAGGCGUGCCAUACAAUGUCUCAUGUACAGUUGAUGAAUAUCAAGACAAUAGACGGACAUUAUUUUUUGCCAGAACCGCAGAUACUUAUCUCGAAGAAACUACUGUUUGGUACUACAAAAAGUAUGGAUGUUUUCAAUUCAUGAGCCCUGUGUCUAUACUUUGUAAAAAUGCAUCAUGUGCUUGUGAUGAUAAUGGACUAACCACGCACUGGACAUACGACACACCUUCACAUCUUCCAACAUCAGUGAUAUUUACAUGUAGCUCCUCAGAUAAUGAAUCUACAAUUGUUGAAAGUGACGUGUUGGUACCGACAAUUCUUCUUGGUCCAGGAUCAAGUCUUCAAUUCGAACCUAGUACCAAUUCAUUAACAAAGACGAAAGGGGAACAACUUGGUCCAUUUAAUUGUUCAGCAACAUGUAAUCCUCCAUGUCAGUACACAUGGACUAAACCAGAUAAAACAACUAUCAAUGGUGGUCAGUUGAUUUUAACAUCACUGUCUAUUGGGGAUCAUGGACAGUUUAUAUGUACAGCAUCAAAUGAUAUUGGUGGAAGUCAGAAUAAAAGUCUGGAUGUAACAGUUAAUUACAGUCCCGAGUCUGUUACACUGUUUCCACGUGACACGCAUUAUAGUGUAACAGGAGGAAACAAUAUACAACCAAUCAAUUGCAGGGCAGACUGUAGACCUGUUUGUAAAUUCAUAUGGUCUGGUCCUAACGUUCCCGCUGGCACAACUUACGUACUCAGUCUUCAAAAUAUACAGAAAAAUCAAAGUGGAGUUUUUAACUGUACGGCAUAUAACGACGUUGGUAGUUUGAAAUCAGACGAUGUGAAUAUAAAUGUUCAGUUCGGUCCAGGAUCAAGUCUUGAAUUUGAACCCAGUGACAUUUCAUUAACAAAGACUAAAGGGGAAAAACUUGGUCCAAUUAAUUGUGCUGCAACAUGUAAUCCUCCUUGUCAUUACACGUGGACUAAACCAGACACAACAACUAUCAAUGGUGGCCAAUUGUUUUUAACGGUAUUGUCCAUUGCGGAUCGUGGAGAGUUUAUUUGCACAGCAUCAAAUACUAUUGGUGGUACUCAGAAUAAAAGCCUGGAUGUAACAGUGAAUUUUAAACCCUUUCUUGACCACACCAGACCAUAUUCUCCACCUUAUGUUAGUGCGGCAGAAAACAACUCUCUUCGCUUACAACUAGCAAUAAAUGCUAACCCGACACCAACUAUAGAAUGGACAUUCAGGGCAGAGGCGGACUGGAAUUCUUGCAAUUUUAUUACAAUUGUGUCCAACACAACAACCAAUAGUUUCCUCACUUCAUCAUCAAUAUUGAUCGAUAAUGUACAAAGCAAUUACUACGGCGAGUAUACUUUUGCAGCUAAUAAUACAGUUGGCACCUUUUUACGUAGAUUUGUUGUCAUGAAAGAGGUAUAUUUAACACAAGUGAAAUGUCCAAUCACGAAAGAAAAUACUGGCAUGUUUGUAGCAGGAAUAGUAACAUUAGUUAUCGGUUUGGUGAGCCUAACGGGAGCAGUAAUUUUUGUUGUCAGAAACGGUUUAAAGAACAAGGCUCUGAAUUCGUCAAAAUCUGUUGACUAUAGUGAUGUGCAGAGAAGCAAUCCUGCAUUUACAGAUGCAUACACUACGUUACAGUCUAAUAUCGAAUCAACAGUACCUUCAGAGCAAAUUAUUAACACUUAUGAGGAAUGUGAGAGAAAUCCUGAAGCACAUACAUACAGUUCAGUAGACAAAAUGGAGUCUGACCCAAGUCAACCUCAACAUCAUGGUGUUAAUACAUAUGAGGAAUGUGGGAAAAGAAACGAAUUCGAAGCACAUGCUUAUGAUACUUUAGACAAAUAAAGACAGAUGAGAAAACAAAUACUUACUAUGCUCAAUAAGGGCAAGAGGACAUCCAAAAAAGUAGCGGGUAUUUGGAAUUUAAAGAUUUAGAUAUCUUAUAAAUUGAAAUGAGAUUUGUGUAUACAUUUUAAAGGCUUAUUUCGAUAUGUUAGACUGUGUAUUUAACUUCUGAUUAUACUGAAACGUGUAUGAUUUUUUAUAAUAUUUAAAAUCUCAAAGCAUCGUGUCAAUAUUUAGAAUGUUUUUGUUGCCAGAAUUACGUAUACAAUGU